UUUCUUUUCUUUUUUUUUUUCUUUUUUGUUUUUCUGAUGAAGUGCUCGUUGCUCGCUGUUCUUGCGCUGUGUGCCGCCCUCGCGACCGUGGCCCCGCUCGCCAGCGCACUGACGGUGCUCUCCGUUGACUUUGGCUCGGAGGGCUUCAAGGUCGGCAUUGUCAAGCCGGGCGUCCCGAUGGAGGUCGUCAUGAACGCCCAGUCCCAGCGCAAGACGACCGUCGCCGUCUCCUUCCGCCAAGGCGAGCGGCUCGUCGGCGAUCCGGCCUUCGCUCUCACCGCAAAGUACCCGACCCACGUCUACACCCAUCUGCAGCCGCUUUUGGGCCAGCUGGCCAACUCGUCGAGCACAGAGCUCUACCGCCAACGCUUCCCGUACCACAAGAUUGUCGCAAACGAGCAGGGUCUGGCCGUGUUCAAGUCGCCCGAGCAAGACGCCGAUGGAAAGGACAUUUUCUACACGGUCGAGGAGCUCGUUGGCACGCUGCUCGAGGACGCGAAAAACCAGGCGCAAGUCUUCUCGGGCGAUGCCAUUUUCAACGCAGUCAUUACUGUGCCGGCAUUCUUUGCCCAGGCCGAGCGCCAGGCCGUUCUCAACGCUGCCCAGCUGGUCGGCUUGAAUGUUUUGCAGCUCAUGAACGAGAACGCCGCCGUUGCGCUCAACUAUGGUGUCUUCCGCCGCCACGAGUUCAACGCCACCCCGCAGUUCCUCAUGUUUUACGACAUGGGCGCAGGCUCGACGACUGCAACGCUGGCUCGCUUCUCCGCCGUGCCUCCCACUUCCCCAAGUGGCAAAAAGUCAAAGUCCCUGUCCAAGGAAGCCAUCCCCGUCGCCGAUAUCAUUGGCGUUGGCUACGAUCGCUCCCUCGGCGGGUUUGAGUUUGAUCUCGUUCUCCGCGACCACCUGGCCAAGGGCUUUACCACGCAGUACGCCAAGAAGAUUUCUCGCCCAGUCACCGCCAACCCGCGCGCCAUGGCCAAGCUCCUGAAGGAGGCCAAUCGCGUCAAGGAGGUUCUCUCUGCGAACAUUGACACGGUCGCGCAAAUCGAGUCGCUGCACGAAGACAUUGACUUUAAGCUCAAGGUCACGCGUGCCGAGCUGGAGACCAUGUGCGCGCACCUGUUUGCGCGUGUGGCGUCCCCGAUUGAGCAGGCGCUGGCCAUGGCCAACGUGACACUGGCAGAGCUCAACCAGGUGAUUCUUGUCGGUGGCGGAUCGCGCGUGCCCAAGGUCCAGGAACUGCUCAUGCAAGUUGUCCAGCGAACCGAGCUUGGCAAGAACAUUAACGCUGACGAGGCCGCCGUCAUGGGCGCUGCCUACCAGGCUGCGGCCCUUUCAAAGGCCUUCCGUGUCAAGCCGUUCGACGUGACCAACCGCGUCCUCUUCCCGGUCCGCGUCACCUUCCCUUCCGCCGCAGCACCCAUCGCCGCCGACGCUUCUUCUCAGGAUGAGGCUAUCGAUGGCGAGGCCACCGAGACGACCACCACCACCACCAGUGGCGGCUCUCUCGUCUCCAAGACCUUGUACACAUUCCAGUCCACUUACCCUUCCAAAAAGGUGAUGACGUUCGCUCGCCACCACGAGGACUUUGUGUUGGACGUUCAGUACGGUGAUUUGGAGGGCAACCUCUCGGCGGACGCGCUCGUCCACUUUGGCCCGCGUGAGCUGCUCCAUGUUGCCGUGACGGGUCUGGACACGGCAGUGAAGGGCCAUGAGCACGACGUUGCCAAGGGUGUCAAGGUCCACUUUGAGAUGGAUUUGAACGGCAUUGUGCGCGCCACGUUUGCCGAAGCUGUCUUCCAGCCCCCAGAAUUCGAGAUUGACGAACCCCAGGCAGAAAAGUCCACCUUUGAUCGCAUCGGCGAGAAGCUGUCCAGCUUCUUUGGCAGCGGUGAUUCCAAGGACACUGCAAGCGACGACGAGGCCGAGAAUGCCGCCAACCAGGAGAGCGCCCCUGAGCAGCAGCAACAACAGGAGCAGCAGGAGCAGCAGGAAGAGUCUCAGCAGCAGAAGGACACGGAAACGGAAACCGCUUCCGACCAACAGCAGCAGCAGCAAGAACAACCACCGUCCGAAGAAUCCGAAAAGCCUGCUCAGCAGCCCGAAGGCGAAGCCGCGCCUGCUUCUGAUGACACUGUUGCGGACAAGGCCAAGCAAGAGACAACUCAGGAAACUGCUUCUUCGACCACUGCUUCCCGGAAGCGCAAGGUGCAGCCCAAGCCAGUCAAGAAGCUUCUCCGCUUGCAGACUGAGAUUGUCGGCCAGCAGUCGCUUCCGAGCGAGUCGCUGACGACCAUCACCGCUCGUCUUGAUGCCGUUCGUGAAAGCGAGCGCAAGCGCCGUCAGCUGGAAGCUGCCAAGAACGACCUCGAGUCGCUGGUGUAUUCCAUCAGUGCUCGCCUCGAAGAGGACGAAGAACUCCGCGCCCACACCAGCCAGGAGCAGCGCGACGAGCUGUUGGCCAAGUCCAACGAGGUUUCUGCGUGGCUCUUUGAGAGCGGCGAGGCUGAAGGCUUGACCGAUGCAGCACCAUUCACUGAAAAGCACCGAGCCAUUCAUGCGCUGCUCGACGGUAUCACCUACCGCAUUUCGGAGCGCCAAAAACGCCCCGCUGCGCUCGAGUCCAUCCGCAAGUCCAUCACCUCUGCGCGCAACUUUGUUGAUGUCCUUCUCAAGAUGAACGAAACGGAUCGUGCUCAAUCGGAGGACGACAUUGAGACCUUCCAGUCGCAAAUCAACACGACCUCGCAAUGGCUCGAGACCAAGCUGGCUGCCCAAGUCAAGCUGGCCGCGCACGAAGACCCCGCCGUCUCUUCCUACGAGAUUUCGCUCAAGCAGCAACGUCUCGACCAGCUUCUCAAGUCAAUGACGCUCAAGACAAAGCCAAAGAAGGAAUCGACCAAGCCAAAGUCGUCGUCCUCUUCCAAGAAGGCUCCCAAGAAGGUCCUGGAAGAUGACUUUGUCGUGGAUAUUGACGACCUCCCUGAGGCCUCUGAGCAGCAACAGCAGCAGCAACCAGAAGACCAUCAAGAGCAACAGGAGCAGCAGGAGCAGCAAGAAUCUCAGCAGCCCGAGCAAGAGAAUGAUGCCCCUGAGCAAGCGCAAGACCAGCGCGAAGAGCACCAAGAAACUCACGAACUUUAGUUGCCCCCAGUCAUAAAACGACGCCAAGUGUACAACAAAUAAAAUGUUUGAAAGUGAA